AGAACUACAUCCCACUUCUCAGGCACGUUUUCUAUGCAAUGAAUGCUAAAUGUUUUGUUCGAUUAUACUGCAACAUCGUUGAUAAUACGCGUCCCAGUUCGUCAUCGUUGCCAUUGACGUUUGUGAAUCCAAGGAAGAAAAGGCCCAGCUUAUACCCGUCAGUGCCAUCUUAUGAAGAAUUCUCACCGGAUUUUCAGUCUUCAUCACAGAUUGAAGAGGCGCCAACUCCUAGUGAAAGUGCGCUUCCAGAUACACUUUCUAAACAAGAGCUUUAUGUCCAUGCCGACGAAUUAGCUACUGCAAAGAAAAGCGGAUGUGCACCGACAAAGCGAGCCCUUACGCUUAUUCGUGGGGUGUUGCACGCUCGAUCCCUGUUAAAGACAUCUCUUUCUGAUCGUUCGGUGACAAUUUUCAAUUUCCAUUCUACAGAAUUUGCCGAAAAACUUGUACAGUCAAACAUCGGUAGCCUUGUCAUUGUGGAGAGCGAUCGUACCUAUGCAAGGCAGGCAAAGAUAUAUGCUAAAGCUCAACGAGCCCAGUCUCGGAAUGUAGCUGCAUACCGUACCGAACUUGCCACAUUGCUAGGUAUAUCACGUAAGAAAGUAUCGGCUUUUCCGUCACAUCUGCUUUCUGCCAAACCGGAAGUGCCAAAACAUCCAUUUUCGCUUGCCGCUGUUGCUCCUGGAGAUGAGUCUGGUAACCCCUAUGCAACAUCUCCUAUUCUUGUAAGUACUCUGCCGGUCGAUUCACAGCAAAAAUCUGUUCUUGAAGCUCUUCUGAACAAUCUUCUUCUUCACCACGCUGGUUUAGAUGAGGAAACCUUGUAUGCAUAUGGACAAGUGGAGCUUGUUACAUUUCUUAGUGCAUUCACUAUAUCACAUCUUCUUGCGUCGGCAGAUCCUCGGCUUUCGUUUAUGGCUCAUUCGGCGCGUAGGAGUUCCGAGCUGUUCUUCAAGUUGUUCGAUAUCGAACUGCUACGUCUAGAAGGCUUUUCUCGUCGCUCAUUCAUACCGCCAAUAAGCAUACCAAAGAAAAUACCUCAUGAAAAAAGAUUGAAAGAGGUGGACAUUGUUAAUGGUCUACUAUACGCAAUUUCAAUACGGCCGCAUCGAUGUGUAACGCUAGGUGGUGCCGAUGUUGGAGGAUCUUCGCUCAGCCCACGAGUUUUGCUGUCAUUUGCUUACUGGUUGAAUACCGUAGGGAAGCAGCAAGCAUCGAAGAGAUUAAGCAAGGUUUUGAAGGAGCUGUGCCCCGAAUCCGCUUCCGCUGCUCUUGAAAAGGUGGAUGGCAACUAUAAGAUCGGCGAUGCUCCGAGCGAAAUCGUGGAAACAGCUUUUCUUGGUGUUCGAGAAGAAUUAGAGCAUGCGAAAAAUUUCGAGAGGUACAAGGAGCUCAUAACGACCAAAAGAAGCACAUAAACUGUUCAUAUCCUCUUAAAAUUGACUUAUGUUUACUCGAAUACCGGUAUUUUAUUGUGCUUUACUUACUUUCAUUUGUUCGUAAUCUUUGUUGCAUGUACCUCACUUAUGUUGACAAGUUGUUUACGUUUUUCUCAACAUUUUCGAUCAUGACAGAUAAGCUUAUCGUUGAUAAAGAUACGCUGAUAAGAAG